AUGCAUGUACCCCCGCAUGGACAACGCACCAGCUCGCCAUAGUUGUUUCAUACACAAUACAAGCAUCCUCUCUGCUACUGAAUAUCAAAUUCCACUCUGGGAAGAUAGAAAUGGCGUCUUGUAGCUUUCAUCUUCUCAGCGUUAUUCUCAUCGUGAUCGCUUCUUCUGGCGCCUGGGCUACGGAUCCUAGUCCUCUCCAGGACUUCUGCGUUGCAGACAAAGAAUCGCCUGUACGUGUGAAUGGGUUGCCCUGCAAGGAUAUUAAGGAUGUCAAGGUCGACGACUUCUUCCUAGCAGCCGACCUCGACAAGCCAAGGGAUACGACGAUGAGCAAGGUCAAGUCAAAUGUCACAUUGAUCAAUGUGAUGAAGCUGGCCGGCCUAAACACCUUGGGCAUCUCCAUGGCUAGGAUUGACUAUGCCCCUCAAGGACAGAACCCACCACAUACGCAUCCCCGUGCCACUGAGAUCUUAACGGUUCUUGAAGGAUCACUCUAUGUUGGUUUUGUCACAUCUAACCCAGACAACAAAUUCAUUAGCAAGCUACUCAACAAGGGAGAUGUUUUCGUGUUCCCCCAAGGUCUAAUCCACUUUCAGUUCAAUCCAAGUCAUGAUAAGCCAGCGGUUGCCAUUGCCGCACUCAACAGCCAAAACCCUGGUGCCAUUACCAUUUCUAACGCUGUAUUUGGAUCGAAACCACCAAUCGCGGACGACGUUCUUGCCAAGGCAUUUCAGGUGGACAAGAAGGUUGUGGAUUGGCUCCAAGCUCAGUUUUGGGAGGACAACCAUAACUAAGUGAAGGAGGCUAUUGCCAUUGUUUUUACACACCGAUGUAAUAAGUAACAACACUAUUUUCAUUCAUUUGUUUGAUGUAGCAAACUGCUAUAUACCUUUUGACAUACAUAUGUAUUUUGUUAAAAUGUCAAAUGACCACAGUUAUAAACGUGAAAUCUUAUAUUGAUUGAAUCUCUUUACUUCAUUGAUAUGUAAUAGAUUUCAACUAAUAUGGCAUGAACACAUCAUGAUUAAAACA